AAACCUUAGUUCAGUUCAGUUGUAUGCUUUUGACAUAUAAUUGUUAAAAAAGCGAAUGUAUUAUUCCAAAUCAAGGCAUUUAAAUGAUAUCCAGAAUAUUCCGUGGAGAAAAUGAGAAUGCUGCAGUUAAGAGGAAACGACAAAUUGAUACACUGAAAAUAUUCAACGACAAUGUAGUGGAGUUGCGGCAGGAUAUUGAGUAUCAAGUAGAAUUCAACGUUGGGGAGAAACGCAUGGCUAUUAUGGUUUCUUUAUCACCAGAAUUUCCAAUGGAGAAACCAGUGCUUCGUGUCUCACCCCCGAUUAACCAUCCCUGGUGUAAUGAACACAGUGAAAUCACCAGCGCCCCCGGAUUAUUAAAUUUUACAGUGCACAGUGAUCUUGGACGUGUUGUGCAAGCAAUCAUCAGAGAAUUAAUUAAAUACCCCCCUCAGUUACAGGAUGAGAAGAUUUUAGCAUCCCUUUUAUCGCAGAAAGAUCUUCAAGGAAGUAGUUCACCGUCUUACACUCUUCAAAGAUAUACAGAUCUCCCCUCAACAUCUUACAAUUCAUUUUAUAACUCUCUAAAUUCUCAAUUUUCAACACCAAAUACCAGCUCAGAACGCAAGUAUAACUUUGUAAAUACGUCUACGGCUGAAAGCCAUCCUUUCGCCGCUUCCUCUCACCAUAUGGCAUCUGCCAAUCUAGUACAAUACUCUACUCCAAGUUACAAAAUUUUGUACUCGGAUCAACCAAAUUACGAAAAAUCAGUGUCAACUGUCGGUGGGGAAUUCCCAGAGUUAAAUACUUUAAGCAAUGAAGAACUAAAGAGACUUGGAGAGGAUACAGAGAGUCUUGAUACUUAUUUGGAGGAACAAUGUCGACUCAAAAAUUUUAAUUUGGCAAUCGACGAGGCCAUCGAUGAUGUUGAAAAAAUUGCCACUGAAAAUUUAACCAAAGAGGCUGAGCUUGAGGCACUUCAAAAAGAAGUAACAUCAAAAGGUCAAACAGUGAUAGCGCUUAAAGCUCGCUACGAUAGUUUGAUUCAGCAAUAUAGUAAAUUAUCUGAAGUGUUUGCGCCAGAUCAUAUAAAAGAGUGCUUAAAAUGUGCUGCCGAUGAGAGUCAUGAAAGGAGUGAAACAAUUGUCGAAGAUUUUCUCAGUAGGAAAAUUGAUGUUGAACGUUUUUUGUCCAUGUACAUCAAAUGUAGAAAAUUGGGGCAGGCGCGACGCACUAAGGAAGAAAAAUUGGACCAUCAAUUAAAUGAAUUGAAGCGUGCUGGAUAUUAGAUUAAAUAUUGUAUUGCAAUUAAUUUAUAUAUUCCAAUAAUGAGUAUAGGAAAAGACUUAA